UAUUGACUGAGCUAUUGGGAGACGACUAUACUGGUUUUAAGAAAUUGAUACAGAAAAUAAACAAUCGCAUAAAUUAUAAAUGUAAUGUCGCGGAAGUAGGUUUUAUUCAGGCACUCUCCUGAACAGUUCCUCAGAGUGAGGACCCUGCAGUCCAAUAUGGCGGCGCCCGUUGGAACGUUAAACUGUGAGGACUUCUCAAUGUUUCAGGAGGUGCUGAAGGUGAUGCGCACCAUAGAUGACCGCAUUGUCCACGCCCUGAAUACUACCGUGCCCACAGUCUCCUUCUCAGGCAAAGUGGAUGCCACGCAAACCUGCAAACAACUCUACGAGUCUAUGAUGGAGGCCCAUCUGAACAGAGAUAAAGCUAUCAAGGCCUGCAUAGCUCAAACAUCUGAAGUGGUGGGACAGCUGCGUGAAGAAAGAGCAAAGGACAGUGAAAACAUGGCACUAAUCAAACAGCUCAGAAAGGAGCAGACCAAGUUAAAGCUAAUGCAGUCUGAGCUGAAUGUUGAAGAAGUCGUCAAUGAUAGAAGUCUGAAGGUUUUUAGCGAAAGGUGCAGAAUCCACUACACACCUCCAAAGGUGAAGUGAAACUUGGUCUGAUGAAAGGAGCUAAUGCACUCGAGGUUCAAAGUCCAGACUGGAGCUGAAACUGUGACCUGCUGCUGAGUCCUGACUGCAGGCUGCUCAUCAUCCAGACCUCUCGGACCUCUCCUCCAACUCACUUAUUCCAUUAUGACCAUUGUAUUGCAUUACCACCGCUGUACAACACUCAUCUGUGUGCAUCUUUACCAAAAAACUAUUGUAUAAAUAGUGUUUUUUUUAAAAAGACAAUUAAAUGUUUUCAAGUGA